CAAUCGGUUUCCGUCAGCAGAGGGCGUCACCUGAGCCCUCAGGCCCCCCCGCCCCCCACGCCGCCGCACCCCCUGCUACAGACGUUCAUUUCUCCGGAAGGAGAAGCUGGGAGACAUCCACGGAGAGCGGUCACCGUGUCGGGGGAAGACGGCAUCAUGUGGGCCUUCUUACCGCUGCUGCUGCUCGCUCUGCUGCGACCCUGCGCCGCCGCCGGAGGCGACUUCAUCCAGCGGUGUGACUCUUCUACUGAUGGCACCAUCUACAAAUACCACGCAAGGACUCUAAAUGGAAGCCACACUGUGAGCUUCAGAGAGUUCGCCGGGAAGAGUGUUCUCUUUGUCAAUGUUGCUACGUACUGAGGAUUGACCUUUCAGUAUGUAGAACUGAAUGCACUGCAAGAGGAGCUGAAACCCCUCGGUCUCAAUAUUCUAGGCUUUCCCUGCAACCAGUUUGGCAAACAGGAGCCGGGGCUGAAACAUGAAAUCCUGCUGGGUUUAAAGCACGUCAGGCCAGGCAACGGAUUCGUUCCCAACUUUCAGCUGUUUGAGAAGGGUGAUGUGAAUGGAAAAACUGAGCAACAGGUCUUCACCUUCCUCAAAAGCUCCUGCCCUCCUGUCGGGGAUGACUUUGGCACCCCUAACGGCAGGUUGUUCUGGGAGCCUCUCAGAACCAGCGACGUCAAGUGGAACUUUGAGAAGUUUCUGGUGGGACCCGACGGAAAGGCAGUGAUGAGAUGGCACCCGCGCAUCAAUGUGUCCACAGUCCGAACGGACAUCCGCAAUUACCUUCUUCAACUCUACACGCAGAGAAUUCUCAAUUAAAACUGAUAGGCGUUUAACAUUGUCCUUUUAAUGAUGCGGUAGUAGGCACAGUAGCACAGUAGAUAUCGGGUAGCAGAUAGGAUUGUGAUGUGACAGUUUCUGAUACACGAAGAUGACAUGUUGAAUGAAGAGGAGGCUCGAAAGCAGGAACUCUGUAGUGCCUCCUUGGAGUCCGGGGAUCCAGGAAAGCUUUUCAGUGCAUUCAAGCUGCCCUGUAAUCCCACAGCAUCAUGGCAUCUUCUCAUCCCAGGACCUGUUUGCCAUUAUAGCAAAAUCUGCUUUGUGUUUUCAGCUUCAAUAAAUCAAAAAUAUAAAAGGGA